AUGACCGCAUCGAGCUGGACUCGGAAGGUUUUCCGGCUGCGUGGAUUGCCAAGCAGCAUCUCAAGCCCAAAAGACGCCGCGAGACUGCUUGGCGAGACUCUGGGUCUCCCACCUGACAAUAUUACCGUCUACUCGCUAGCAAAGACAUCCAAUCAAUGGGGGCCAAUGUCCAAAAUGGCUACGGUCCAAUUCAAGGACAUUCCGCCAACCUUGGACUCGGAAACUUCAAUCACCGAAUGGAGAAUUCCUAUCCGGGAAUCGCCACACAACGAAGUCUUGAUCCUCGACACACAAUUUGAAGGAAUGACUGUGUUGAACGAUGUGGAGACAGCGAACCAUCGUGCGGAGGACGAGCUCCCAAGGUCGGUGCCCGGAGUCCGCACAGUUCUUUAUGGAUACGACUCGCAGCUCAUAGACAGUAACUCGUUCCAAUCCAUCGGAGACAUCGCGGCGAGACUCAUCUGGAAUCUCAAGUCGGGGGGCUGGAAUUUGCCGAGCUCCAGACCCAUCAUCUUUCUUGCCCACAGCCUGGGUGGCAUCGUACUCAAAGAUGCUAUUGUACAAAUGGCCAACAGUACUGACAAAAGCGUGAAGGACAUUAUACGUAAUCUGCUGGGGGCUAUCAUGUUUAGAGUCCCUAGCCUGGGUAUGGAGCAGUCUUAUUUAAUGGCUAUGGUUGAAGGCCAAGCCAACGAGACGCUUGUUCAAGAUCUUUCCCGGAACAGUAACUACUACGUGCGCCAGCUUGAUUUAGCAUUCAACGGCCUCUCCAUUGUCCACAGUGUGAAAAUACUUUGGGCCUAUGUGACCAGGGAGUCACCCACUAUCGUUAAACGUCCAGAUGGUGAUUGGAACAAGAAAGGGCCCUCGGCCGUUUUAGUCAAUCCUGAGUCAGCUACAUGCCACUGUAGCCGAACAGACAAGUCUUUAACAAUCCCAAUCAACAAAGACCACUCCAACAUGGUCAAAUUCUUCCCAUGA